AUGUCUGCAUGCCGUGCCAUCAAGACCCGUUGCGAUGGGCAGAAUCCUUGUACCAAUUGCUACAACAAUCGCCGGGAGUGUCGCUAUCGGCCCAGUCGACGAGGCGGGGCGCGCAAAGGGAAUGCCUUCAAGGCAAGGAAGCGUGCCAUUGCUGCAACCGAUACGCCAUCCCCAUCCUUACCAUCGGGCCCAAUAGAGACGCAAGGUCUUCCCUAUCCAUUCACCAAUAUCCAGGAUGUCAGAGAUUUAUCCGCCAGUGAUCUCGCAUCAGACGAAAACAGUAAUCCAGCUUUCGAGCUGGGGUCACUCGCAAUACGAGCAUAUGGAUGUGAGGCGGAUCUGGUCAACGCCUACUAUGUUUUUAUCCACCCAUACUUUCCGGUGUUGCCCCCACCGGCGGUUGCUCAAUAUGAGGACCGCCCAUUUGCGAUCUCGCUGCGAACCGUUCAAGCAAAUCAGGCAUUCUUGCCUUACUGGCCGACGUCUCCCUUUGCGUUGGCUUUGUCCGCGCUCCUCGUACUAUUUCCUCUACCAGAAGAUCCACAUUCCAUGUCUGAAGCUGCAGUCAGGACCCGCCAGUCAUACGCCGAACUCUAUGCACAUGCCGCAAUGAGCAGCAUUGAAAAUUGGAUUGACGUCCCCGAACCGGCAACUACAGCUGGCGGUCCGACCCGGUGGAGCUCGCUGCACCCCGAUCUCCCGCGGAAGCUGGAGUCCAUCUUGGCUCUUGUAUUGCUGGGCAUGUAUGAGCUUUGCCAGCGGGGCAACUUCUCGAAGAUGCGCGCUCGAGCUAACCAGGCGCUGACAACCGCGGUGGAUCUGUCAUUACACACUACCGAUCCGGACGAACCGGGCUGUUCAGAUGCACAAAGUCGAGCCUGGUGGAUGACGAUGUUUCUCAAUUAUCAUUCUUCGAUCCUUAAUAAUUCGAGUCCGAUCAUCCUCAUCAAUGAUCCUCGGAUCAGCACACCAUACCCAGUAUUCCGUGGCUGUCUUGAGCCUUGGCCAUUGUUGGCAAAAGCACAAGAUACACUUCUUCGGACAUGCAACCUAGCAAAGGAGCUCGAGAAAGAGGACAGUAGAUCUAGUCAACCGCCCACCCUAAUUGAUCGUAUUCGCGAGCUUAACUCUCUGAUAUCAUCACUCGCCGCCGAUUCCGAUCGAUAUCGAUGUGUAACAAACCGGCAAGGAGCCGAAUGUUUCGCUCCUCGAAACCUAUGGGCAAUUACAAGUGCCUUAAUUCACAGCGCUCGAAUAAGAUUGCAUCGGUUCAGGGCUUUCCUGGAUCACCCUUUAUUUCUAGGUGAACACUGUGGUCUCACCUCAAUCAACCGUAUCGACUUUCUGAACAUCUCAUACCCCCUAUCCCCGAGUCGGAUAACCAAAAUCAACGCGACAUUUCCCUUCACGGAGCAGGAGUCCGCAGCUAUAUGCCUGAAAUCAUCACUCGCCGUGUCCAGAGUUUUCCGCAACCUAACACCACCAAAUCUAUACUAUACCGAUGCACCUGCCGAUAGCGAGGCAUUACCUGGGUCCUCCCUGUCUCGAUUCUGUCCUCGAUCGCUUCCAUAUAUGGCUUGCUGCCAGAUGCAAAGCUUCUAUGCCCUCACGAUGCUCCUACGAAGAGUACGCACCUCAUUGUCUUCGGGCGACUUGCAGGCGUGUUAUCAUCUAUUGAGCCAGCCUGAGCCAGGCUCAGAGGUGCAGGAUGCCGAGCGGCUGGUUGAGGAGCUACGACAUGGUCUUGAAUCAUUGAGCGCGUCCAUGAGAGCGGAUAUUGCUUUCGAGGGCGUCGUUGGUAUGGUACGGGAGGUUGAAGGGGUUUGCUUUGCUACAUUGUCCUGA